AUGAUUCGCACCAUCGCAACAGUUGCCUUGCUAAGCCUGACAGGCAGUGAUGCCUUUCAGGUGGUCUCGUCGCCUUUCAGCCGACCAAUGGCUUUACAUGCCUCUACGGCUGAUGAAUCUUCUUCGGACGAUGCCCGACGUGCAUUUAUGGCCACAGGUGCCGUGGGUGCAUUCUCUUUGAUGAUGCCGAAUCUACCUGCCCAUGCUGCUGAUGGCGUUGACUACAAGGCUGUGGCGAGUGAUAUCAUGGACUUGGUCAAGGCCAACCCUGAUUGGGGACCUACAUUUGUUCGUCUCGCCUGGCACUCUUCGGGUACCUAUGACAAGGUGUCCAAGACGGGAGGAUCUGGUGGAGGAACCAUCCGUUUCAAGGACGAAUUGGCUCAUGGAGGAAAUGCGGGGCUCGCAGUGACAGCAGUGGAAUGGUUGGAACCAAUCCACGCCAAGUAUGCCGAUGCCGGUCUCUCUUAUGCUGAUUUGUACACACUUGCUGGAGUUGCUUCCAUCAAGCAAAUGGGUGGUCCAGCCAUUGGUUGGAGUUCUGGACGCACGGAUCAACCCGAAGAAUUUAUCACCCCCGACGGCAGACUCCCCAACGCCGACAGUGGACCUCCUUUGGCCGAUAAGUCGGAUGCCGAUCAUUUGCGCACCAUCUUUUACCGCAUGGGAUUCAACGAUCAAGAAAUUGUGGCGUUGAGUGGAGCACACGCCCUGGGCCGCUGCCAUGAAACUGCUUCGGGAUAUGUCGGCCCUUGGACAUUUACUCCCACCACAUUCAACAAUGCAUACUUCACCCUACUGACUAGUUUGAAGUGGAUCCCCAAAGACUGGAGUGGUCCUCCCCAAUAUGUCGAUGGUGGCACUGGAAAACUCAUGAUGUUGCCAAGUGAUCUCGUUUUGCUCGAGGACAAACCGUUCCUCAAGUGGGUCAAUGUUUAUGCCAAGGAUGGUGCUAAAUUCGACAAAGACUUUGCCAAGGUUUUCCAGAAGCUUGAAGAGUUGGGCACCAAGGGUUUGAAGGCUACAGAGUGGAUUUAG